AUGCACCUCGGCACGCUUUUCCCUUUUCUUGCUCUUCUUCCUGCCGGGAGUCUGGCCAAGGAAUCGUCAAAGCGCGACUCCUCCUGUAAAUGCAUACCCGGGCAGAAAUGCUGGCCUUCCGUUUCAGAUUGGAAGGCUUUUGAUAAGCAGGUUGAUGGUCAUCUCAUCAAAACCGAGCCUAUCGCUCAACCGUGUUACCCUGGUCCUGCCGAGGACUUGGAGCAAUGCGCGUAUGUGACCAAGAUGUGGUCGGAUCAGGACUUUCAAUCCUCGGAUCCGAUCGGAAGACCUUAUCCAUACAAUAUCACGUGUGCUCCGGUUGACUACGACGCUGGACAAGAGGCAACCACAUGUACUCUUGGAUCAUCGCCUGUUUACGCGAUUAACGCCACUACGCGAGAUCAGAUUAAGAGUACUCUCAAGUACGCCAAGUCCAAGAACUUGAGACUUGUUGUUACUGGUACAGGUCACGACCUUCUCGGCCGCUCUGACGGUUUCGGCGGUCUUGAGCUUUGGCUGCAUCAGUUCAAGAAUGCCAUCAACUUCCAGAAGACUUUCAAAGCUAAGAACAGCUGCAAAAAGUCUGGCUGGAAGGGAAGUUCUGUCAAGAUCGACGGUAAUUACCAGUGGCGUGACGUCUACAAAGUAGCCCGAGCCAACAAUGUCAUCGUUGUCGGUGGCGGUUCUAUCACUCCUGGAGCUAUCGGUGGUUGGGCAUCAGGAGGUGGUCAUGGUCCAGCUACAAGAAACUACGGUCUCGGAGCUGACCAAAUCCUUGAGGCGGAAGUUAUGCUGGCUGAUGGUAAAGUCAUUACCGUCAACCAUUGCGAAAACUCCGACCUCUUCCGUGCCAUGCGCGGUGGUGGACCAGGUUACGCCAUUACCCUGAGCAGCACCGUCAAAGCUCAUCCCAAUGUCAAAACAGUCACAGCUCAUCACUUCCAAGUAGCUCCUUUGGAAAAGACUGAGAAGAACGCUGAUCUUCUCGACGCAGUGUCGGUUCUUCUGCAGCAACUUCCCGAUCUCAACGAUGCUGGCUUUUCUGGGUAUGGAUACUGGUUCCGUAACUUUCCCACUGUCUUUGUCGGAAAUGCCACUUCUGGAUACACACAUGGUUUCUGGACGAUCGGAAAGACCCGCAAGGAGGCUGAGGCUGGUUGGGCUCCUGUGCGCAAGGCCCUGGCCAAGUACAAGGACAAGCUCUACAUGAACGAGAGCUGGGCGACUUACUCUGAUUACUGGUCGUUCUACGAUGCCGAGUCGGGAUUAUAUGACCCUACUGGUGACACUUCAAUUCUCACCUCAAGACUCAUUGAUCGCGAGAGUGUUGAGAAAUAUGACAACGUCCGAGAUGCCGUUGAAGUCAUGAGCGGCAAGCCCGACGGCUUCGACGCCAACGUGAUUCUCUUCGUUUCAGGCGGCCAAGUCUUUCAGGAUGCUGCCGACAAAUCUAGUGGUCUUCACCCGGCGUGGAGAAAGUCGUCCUACGUCAUCGUGUCCAGCACCAGUAUCUCCAAGACUGCAUCUCCCGCUGAACGCAAGGCGGCCAACGACGCAGUUACUUUCACCAAGGGUGCUGCGGCUAAGAAGCUCGCUCCCAACACUGGCGGUUAUAUGAAUGAGGGUGACCGUAAUGAUCCUGACUACAAGAAGUCUUUUUACGGGAGUAUGUAUGACAAGCAUUUGAAUGCGAAGAACAAGUAUGAUCCUUCGCAUUUAUUUUACUGUCCCACCUGUGUUGGGUCGGAGGAUUGGGUGGAGAGAUCAAAUGGAGCGCUGUGCAAGGCGUAA